CACACGUAUACGUCUAUUUCCCGUUACGCCAUUUCUUCGUCUUCCUUUGUAAAAGAUAAGGAAGAGACCGUCACGGUCUUUGUCACUUUCCCAUCUACGAUUUUUCUCUGGUUUUCUCGACAAAUUAAGAAUCAGUGUGAAUGUUCCGCUUGUUUUUUCUUACACAAAGUUUCAAUCUUUCUUCUCUCCUAGAGACAUGAACUGUCUGUUCUUGUUCAAAUCCAAGAAAUCCGAACCCAGAAACCAACAAAAAGACAGAAGAAAAACGCAAAACUCAGCUCCAGAACUGAGGAACAAGAGUGAAACGCCGUCGUUUAAUCUGCAGAGGCCGAGAUCUUUCCCUUCUCAACCAAGUAUCAGAGACUUGAAUGCAGAGAGAGAACAGAGUCUUAGGGUUUUCACUUACGAAGAACUCAACGAAGCCACUUGUGGGUUUAGCAGAAGGCUUAAGAUUGGUCAAGGUGGAUUCGGUAAUGUUUAUAAAGGAAAGAUUCCGACCACCGGAGAUUCUGAUCCUCCACUUGUCGUCGCCAUCAAGAAACUCAAUCCACAAGGUUUGCAGGGUCACAAGCAAUGGCUAGCAGAAGUUCAGUUUCUAGGGGUAUUGAAUCAUCAGAAUGUUGUGAAGCUCUUAGGUUAUUGCUCAGAAGAUGGGGAGAACGGGAUGGAGAGGCUUUUGGUUUAUGAGUACAUGUGUAAUCGAAGCUUAGAGGAGCAUCUCUUUACGCGUGGAGCACGCACAUUACCUUGGAAACAAAGGCUUGAGAUCAUGCUUGGUGCAGCUGAAGGAUUGGCUUAUUUACAUGAAGUCAAGGUUAUAUACCGGGACUUCAAAUCCUCUAAUGUGCUUCUAAAUGAUGACUUUUGUCCGAAAUUAUCGGACUUUGGGCUUGCAAGAGAAGGACCUCAGGGCGACAAUACUCAUGUCACAACUGCAAAAGUUGGAACACAGGGAUAUGCAGCUCCUGAAUACGUGCAAACAGGCCAUCUGCGGUUAAAGAGCGAUGUAUAUAGCUUCGGUGUUGUGCUCUACGAGAUCAUAACCGGACGUCGAACCAUUGAGAGGAACAAACCAGCCACUGAACGAAGACUUUUGGAAUGGAUCAAAGAGUAUCCUGCUGAUAGUCGACACUUCAGCAUGAUCAUUGACCCUCGACUACGUAAUAACUAUCCGGCUGACGGAGCAAGGAGUUUGGCUAAACUGGCUGAUUUAUGUCUCAAAAAGAACGAUAAAGAGCGGCCGACGAUGGAGAUUGUAGUAAAAAGACUAAAGAAGAUUGUCGAAGAGUGCGAUAGUGGAGAUUCUUCGAUAACCACGAGUAAGGAGAGUAAUCAGGUAAGAAGCAAUAUUCGAGGGACAGGACCUGUGGAGCAGAGUUUAACUGUUUAAGAGGAGUUAGUGUUAGAGGAUGAUUUUUUUUCGAGUUUGGAAGCUUUUUUGCAUGGUGAAUAUAUACAAAUAAGUUAGUAAAUGCAAAAUAUGAAGGAAAAUGAAUAUAUGCAAACGAUUUGUUACAAGUUA